UCCAAAAAAAAUAAAAGAAUGGCAAAAGUGCUCUGAUAUUAGGUUUUACGUCCCCUAGCAAGUUUCACCUUCAGCAGAUGUUUUUAGUCACAUCAUCAAGCUUCUGGCUGAAGUUCUGGUUGGAUAUUUGGCCACUUCUCCUGGCAGAAUUUAUAUAGUUCAUUAAAUUAAUUGGUUUCCUGGAACACACACAAUUUAUUAACACAGUCCACAAAUGUUUGGUUGGGUUGAGGAACUAAAAUCUUAACGUUAUCCUGCUUUAUCCAUUCAACAACCAGCUCUGAUCUGUGUUUGUGGUGGUAAAACAUAUAUACCCGAUUUUAUUUUAAUUGAAGUUUCACCAGAAGCUUAUGCUAAAUAAUUCUCAGGUAGACCUCCUUCUUCAUAAUUUCAUCCACUUUGUACAACGCACCAGUUCCACAUCAUAGUUCAGCCACAUGGUGGUUGUGAUGCUACCACCACCAUGCUGAACAGCUGCCAGUGGUCACAGGGAUGAAUGCCUCACCUUCACUCCUCCUAAUACACCUCUGGUCCAAACUUUCCUCCAGAAUGUUUAUUUCUUUUACCAUGUUAUCAGCUGCAAACUUUAGUUGAGCAUGAAGGUGUUGAUGUUGGAGCAGGGGUUCUUUCUUUGUUUUACAGCCAUUGAGUCCACGGUGAUGUAAAACUCACUUGACUGUAGGAAGUCACACUAGCUUUCCAGAAGCUUCCAGUUCAUAGCAGGUGUGUUGGGAUCACGUUGAGAUGAGAUGGGUGAUGGACAGGUGGUGGCGGAGGGGUGCCGCCCCUACGCCCUCUUUGACAGUUUUGUGCAGGCGUCGACGUGCAGGGAGACGCUGCGGGCGUUUCAGGAGCUCUGCACUGAGCUCAACCUGCGGCCAGGAGACAAUCCACUGUUCUACAAGACCCUGAGGUCCAGACUCAACUACUGGAAAGCCAAAGCUCUGUGGGCCAAACUAGACAAGCGAGCUAGCCUGAAGGAGUACCAGAGAGGCCAUGCUUGUUCCAACACAACCUGUCUGAUAAUAGGUGCAGGACCAUGUGGGCUCCGCACAGCUAUCGAGCUUAGUUUUCUGGGCGCGAGGGUGGUGCUGGUGGAAAAGAGGGACACGUUCUCCCGGAACAACGUCCUCCAUCUGUGGCCUUUCACCAUUCAGGAUCUGCGUGGCCUCGGGGCCAAGAAGUUUUACGGAAAGUUCUGCGCCGGAGCCAUCGAUCACAUUAGUAUUCGUCAACUGCAGCUGAUCCUCCUGAAAGUGGCUCUGCUCCUAGGUGUGGAGGUUCAUGUGAAUGUGGAGUUCAGGAGUCUGAGGGAGCCUCCGGAGAACCAAGAGAACCAAAGUAUUGGCUGGAGUGCUGAAGUUCAUCCCCCUGCACAUACAGUGAAUGAGCUGCAGUUUAAUGUGGUUGUUGGAGCGGAUGGCAGGAGGAACACCUUACCAGGAUUUCGCAGGAAGGAGUUCCGGGGAAAGCUGGCCAUCGCCAUUACUGCAAACUUCAUCAACCGUAACACCACAGCAGAGGCCAAGGUGGAGGAGAUCAGCGGCGUAGCCUUUAUUUUCAACCAGAGGUUCUUCCAGGAGCUGCGCAAUGCCACCGGUAUUGACCUGGAGAACAUCGUCUACUAUAAGGAUGACACGCAUUAUUUUGUCAUGACGGCUAAGAAGCAGAGUCUGCUGGAGAAAGGAGUCAUCCUGCGUGAUUAUACAGACACCGAGGUUUUGCUCUCCAGGGACAAUGUAGAUCAGAAUGCCCUGCUGGAGUACGCCCGGGAGGCAGCGGACUUCUCGACCAAUCACCAGCUGCCGACUCUUGACUUUGCCAUGAACCACUACGGGCAGCCGGAUGUGGCUAUGUUCGACUUCACAUGCAUGUAUGCGACGGAAAACGCAGCCCUCUUACGGCAGAGAAGGGGACAUCGCCUGAUGGUGGCGCUGGUUGGAGACAGUCUGCUGGAGCCGUUCUGGCCAAUGGGGACUGGCAUUGCCCGUGGUUUCCUCGCUGCUAUGGACACAGCGUGGAUGGUUCGGAGUUGGGGACUGAGGCUUGACCCUUUAGACGUCCUGGCUGAGAGGGAGAGUGUGUAUCGCCUGCUUCCACAGACCACGCCGGAGAACGUCAGUAAGAACUACAGUCAGUACAGUCUGGACCCCAGUACACGCUACCCAAACCUGAACACACAGGUUAUUAAUGCAUCUCAGGUUUGCCACCUCAUGGACACGGAUGAAGGGCCACUUUUGGGAGUCGUCAUGGGACCUUCUCCGACAUCAAGACUUACACACCAAGACUCCACAGCUCGUUCGAAUAAGCUGCUAACUUGGUGCCAAGAGCAGACACAAGGCUACAGGAGUGUGAGCGUGACGGACCUCACCACGUCCUGGAGGAGCGGCCUGGCACUCUGCGCUCUCCUACACAGAUACAGACCUGACCUCAUUGAUUUCGAGUCUCUGGAUGAGAGCGAGGCUGAGCUGAACAACCAGUUGGCCCUGGACCUAGCCGAGCGGGAGCUUGGGAUCUUCCCCAUCAUGACUGGCCUGGAGAUGAGUGUGUUAGAGGAGAGCGACUCGCUCUGCAUGGUCAUGUACCUCAGCCAACUUCACGAUCUCCUCAAAGACGCAGUGCCCCCCAGUGAGAGUCUGAGCGAUGAGGAGAGAGCAGCUUUGAUGUCGAACACCAAGUCUCCACUGUCUUUACUCAACAGGCUUGGACAGAGUCUGUCCCGCAAACGUAGCCCUAAGGAGAAGAAAGAGCAGGCUGCUGAUGGAGUUGGAAAGAGAAGAAGGACAAGUCAAGCUGGACAGUCAGAAGACGAGGAGGUUUCACCAGAUCAGCAUGAAGACCACGUCACAGUGGAGAGCAACGGAUUGGAAUCGAGCACGCCGACGGUAGCUGGUGGCAACCAAAGCCGAGUCAAAUCAAUGGCGUCCCGGCUGUUGGCUAAAUUUGAAGAAAAUGCCUGUCCACCUUCAGCCACUGCGAUACGGAGACAGAAGUACAUUAAGAUGUACACAGGGGGAGUGAGCUCAUUGGCUGAGCAGAUAGCCAAUCAGCUACAGAGUCACCAACAUGAACCCAAACCACUUCUUGACAAAAAGGAGCUGGCUUCUCAGAGGAAAGAGUUCCCAGCGAAUGUCGGCGGAAGCGACGUGUGUUACUUCUGCUCCCGGCGCGUCUACGUGAUGGAGAGACUGAGUGCCGAGGGCAAGUUCUUCCACAGGAGCUGCUUCCAGUGUUCCCACUGCAGCUCUACACUACGCCUGUCCAACUACGCCUACGAUGAUCACCAAGGGAGGUUUUAUUGCAAACAGCACUACGGACACAGGCUGGUGGGAGCGGCUCAGAGGAAGAGACCACCUCCGAUCACAGCUCCUCCUCAGUCUACACAGGCACCUCCUUCUCCUCCUCCUUAUCCCUCCUCUGGAUCAGUAGACCUGAUCCCUCCCCCUGAAAGCGUUUCCUCCAGCACUCCUCCCGACGCUCUCAGCAGACUGGUUAAGCAGCUGUGUGAAACUCCGGAGCGCAUCGCACUGGAAAACUACAGGCCAGGCUUACAGGAGGAGGACAGCUCAUUGCAGGAGGUAGCGGAGGAGACACUGGCUCAGCACAACCUUAGUCAGAGCCUGAAGGAGAAAGGGAGUGAGGAGCAGUCCAGUAGUUCAGAGUCAGAGCUGGAGGAAGAAGAGGAGGAGCCUUGGAGGAGGGGGACAGAGCCACAAGACAGGGUAGAUGGAGAGACAGAGUUAAACGCGGGGACAGACCAAAGAAAGGAAGAAGAGAAAGGAAAGGAUGAGACAGAGGGAGGAGAACAAAGAGUUGUUUCUGAAGAAGAAGAGGAGGAAGGAGACUCUAGUGAUGAGGGCGAAUACUGCCCUUGGGAAAAGGAGUUGCAUUUAGGGGUGUGGCUAAAGGAAGAGGAGGCAGGUGGUAUUAAAGAGUCUAAAGAGGAACACUCCAAAGAUCAGGAGGUGAAACCACUUCCAGACAGAAAGACUGAAUCAAAUGUCUCUGAGCCAUUGAACCUCAUUUCCUCACAAGCUUCACAAACCCCACACACACUUGUUGUAGAUCCUACACACACUUAUACACCCACCUCCAGCUCUCCUGUGACACCACAGGACCCAGUCACCAAGAGAUCUGGGGUCAUUGAGAAAUUCUGGGUGAAGAGUGCAGAAAUCAGGAAAAGUUUGGGGCAUUCAGUGACCUGUGAUCUAACCACCCAAUCCUCGAGCAGUGGAGAUAUAUUUUACGCCUCUACACACACUCUACAAACAUCUGAUUCCAACUUGCCUUUAGACACUCCAUAUAAAAGUGACUUAAUCAACCAAACCUCAGGUACACUGACUCAGAGUGCUGGUACUCACAACACACAGACACCUUCAAUGACUGACCUACAAAGUGCAUACGCACAUUUCCAAGAUGGUAUAUUAUCAUGUAGCAGCUCAUACCCUCCAGGAACAAGGAUUGAGAAUGUGUCUCUGAAGGUAGGGAAUGAACCAGAGGAGGUAGUAGACCAUUCUUCAAUUGUUCAUCGUCUUGACAUUACUUUGCAGGGUCAGGUAGCAGAAGAGACAAGGGGCUUGUCCAAUAUCUCGUCCUCUAACACCGGUGCAGUCCAAAGAGUUUCAGCCCCAGAUCUUAGAUUUUGGCCUCUUCCAAGGAGUCCUGUAGUAGCUAGGCAGAACCUUGACUUGAAUCGCUCGGAUCCAACUUUAAACAAAGAAAUCUUGUUGACUUCCAACACUGUCCCUGUUCGACAGGACCUUGCAGAGAAUGAUAAACUAAAAUCUUCCCUGAAUAGGGCUCAGAGUCUACCUCCUACUGAGGUGAAGGUUGUAUAUGCGGGAGACGCAGAUGACUUGCAUCCUUGCCGGGCUCUUCCCUCCUACACCAGUGUCACAGAAGUUCCCAUGUCCAGUGCCCCAACCCGAACCUCUAUGAGGGAUAAAAGUGCACUUGAGGGAAGGAGGGCACUAUCAGAAGUCCCUUUGCAAGCAGGAAGGGCUGAGGCAUGGCAACGGAGGUCAGAGAUCGAGCCAUUGGAGGAGGAGAAGGUGAAGAAGCGGAGCUCGCUGUUCUCACCAAGGAAGAACCGAAAAAGUGCAAACUUGUCAGGGGAAACACAGCAGGAGCUGGGGAAACACAAAUCCCUGUGGAGGACUGUCUUCUCUGGGUAUAAGAAAGAGAAGAAGAGGAAAGAGGUUGAAGGAUAUUCCAGGACUCUGCCAAGCGCUACCAGCAUGGAAAGCAAGAAGAGAUUUCCUGCUUUUAGAAGAACCUCAGACCUGAGCUCAAUGAAGGACCUGAGUUUCUCUGAAGAAACAGACCUGUGCUGCAGUGUUGUGCUAGACAGAUCUCCACUUAGAGCUCAGCUGAGUCAGGAGGUGUCCGACCUUAUUAGGUUGGAUAUUCCGAAAGAGACAAUCAAGGAGGAGGAAGAUAGAGUGGAGGAGCAAGACAAGUCUGUUUACGUGCCUCAUGCAUUGGCAUUCAAGAGAGCUUACGUCGUUAAGACACAUUGCAAGAAGUCACAAAGGCCCGAAAAGAAAGCAGUAACCGAGGAGGAGCUUGACGCCAAGCUGACCCGCAAAAUACAAAGAGCGGCACGCAGACAAGCUAAGCAGGAAGAGCUGAAAAGGCUCCAUCGUGCACAGAUAAUCCAGCGGCAGUUGGAGCAGGUGGAGAUGAAGCAGAGGCAGUUGGAGGAGAAGGGCAUUGUUGUAGAGAAGGCUCUUAGAGGAGAAGCAGUUGAGCCCUUUCUCAGUUCCCCCAGUAGGAGACCCAUCUCCCUCUGUCCUUGUUGUUCCCAAGAAGCUAGAGCCAAAGGCACGGAGCAUGACCACUCUGUUUACGUCUGUACGGUCUUUUUCCUUUACGUAGUCCACGAGCCCCCACUCCGCCAGCUAAGAAUGGGAAAGAAGGAGGACCCCAGCCUAAUGCACCAGUGGUUUAAAUUGGUCCAGGAGAAGAACGCACUGGUGCGCUACGAAUCUGAGCUCAUGAUAUUUGCUCGAGAACUGGAGCUGGAAGACAGGCAGAGUCAUCUACAGCAGAAGCUAAGGGAACGCAUGGCAGUAGACGACCAUCUGAAGGACGAGGAAGAGCUGGCAGAGGAGAGGCGAAUCCUGGGUGAGAUGCUGAAGGUUGUAGAACAGAGGGACUCCCUAGUGGCUCUCCUGGAGGAGCAGAGACUGAAGGAGAAAGAGGAGGACAGUGACCUGGAGGCAGCCAUGCUGUCUAAAGGCUUCAGCCUGCACUGGGCUUAAAACUCCUCCAUCUUUGUGUAGAAUAAAGAAAGAGGAGGUGGACACUAUACACUGUAAUUAAGGAAAAUAAUCAACGAUUUUCCAUUCAACUACAUCUGGACCUACACUUUCUAGUGAUAGAAAAGUGUUUUGUUUUGAAACACAAGUGUGAAUUAAUAAAAAAUAUUCUGUUUCAUCAGGCACUUGGGCAAUGGCGCAAUGUGUAGAUAUUUGCAAAGAGAGACCAGUCUAAAGAAAUGUGUCUCUCAAUAAUAAUCCGAAGGGCAAAUAAAAUAUCUGUAAAAUGAAAGCUGCCUUUCGCUUAACAGUAUUACGCUAACUGCACUAUGAUAAUAUGCAUCUGUAAACCUUAAAUGCUGCAUUAGCUUCUUUUAUUAUAUUUUUAUUCAUUAUAUUUAAUACGAAAGAAAAAUGCCGAGAUUUUCAAGCGCAUUGCCUGAAUAUAUUGUUGUUGAUUAUCAUUUCAGACAAGGGUUAAGAAAUGAGUUUAGAGUUUUAAAAUCCUGUAUGUGUGAUUGUUUAAAGAUGUGUUAACUGAUGCAGGGACAAACAACCACGUGUAUAAUUUAUUUAUUACAGUAUUUUAAUGUUUGUUUUUGCUUCAAACUACCACCAAAUAGGAAACAUCUCUAAAGCAGCUGCUGUCUGUAAGAAUGCUUUAUUUUGCUGAAUUAAAUUGAUCACAGUAAUUUAUACACUCUUAAAACACA